AUGGCUUCUGCAUUUGAGUGGGCUGCAAAGAACCUUAUCAAAGAGCUGAGCAGAAAUGGGGAGCUGAUCCCUGUGGACAGCCUCAAGAGUUCCACCCACUUCAGUCCCUACUGCUUGGUCCGGAAGAAGACCAGGAGCUCCUUGUUUUGGAGAUCGAAGUAUGUUUGCCUCAAUUUGACUCUCAAGGACAUUCUGGAUCCGAGCUCCCCAGAACCAGAAGUGACCCAGCUUGGACCUUUCCACUUUAAUGAUGAGGUGGAUGGGCAGGUGUCUGCUGGUGUGGAGGUGACUGCCGUGGUGCAGGGGAAGAUUUCAGGACAGAUCUCAAAGUCAAACAGAACUGUCCUGGAGGUCAAGAUUCUCACCGUGUCCCCUACCACCUGGGACUGCUUACAGAAGGAAAGGAAACUGAAGAAACCAGAGCCCUCUAUCUUUCAGCAGCUUCGGAAACAGGGAGAGAACCUGUAUGUUGUGACAGAAGCUGUGAAGACUCAGAAAGAGACCAUUGUGAAGAGGUCCAGAAAUAGGGAAGGCUUUGGGAAGAUCACCAUUCCUGUAGCCUCAUGUGUCCAGGGUGAGGGUAAGGGUCACUUUAACACAGUGAAGACAGUGACCGUCCCUGAGGGCAGUAUACUUGCUUUCCAAGUUGCCAAGAUGAUUAUCCGGGACCACUGGAGUGUUCUUCUACUUCCAGAUGGGAACCAGAAAUCCUUCCCACCCUAUUCACAAACAGCAUUGGAAAUCUGCUCUUCAUCAGGUUUGAUAGUAAUUAGAAAAAAAGGCAUACUUAAGCACUCUGAUGACGAGUCUUCAGAUGAAGAUAUUUCACCUCCUUCCUGCAAAUAUUUUCAAGGGGAUGCCACACCAGGCUUUGAGCAACUACAGGCUGAGGUGGAGAAAGAACAACACCCACUAACUAAGCAGGACAGGAAGUUACAGCAGUUUCUGCUUCAGGCUCUCCUGGUGAUCCUCCAGAGUGAGCAGGACCUGCUGGACUUAGAAGACACGCUAGAACAGAGUUUGUACACUGGGGUACCCACACAGAAGGUGGAGGGCAUGAAAGGCAACAUCCUAAGAAAAUUGCAAGACCAGAGUGGACAACUUGUGGAGGAAACAGCAAGGCCAUUCCUCUAUCUCCUUGGAGCUCUGAAUGCCCUGAGUGACGUCCAACAUCAGCUCCUGAUCCAGUUGCUAGAGAAAAAGGAAGAGAUCCUGUCCCAGGAGAUAGAUCUGGUGAAGGAAAUUCUGAAGGACAACUUCAAUCAGACCAAGGAGAGGCCUUUCUCCCUUCCUUCAGAGCUGCUGUCCUUUGUCCAGGGCCAGGAUGAGAACUUGACUCUCACACAUGACCUGUUGGAAGAGUGUGGACUGUGGCUCUCAGGAGAUGAACUCCAAAUUACCUGGAACCCCAGUGCUCUGCAGUCACUUUGUGCACUAUAUGGGAGUCUGGUGAUGCUGCAGUCUCUCACUAAAGCCUGCUGACCUAGCCUUCUCUUUCUCCCCCCAUUUGGUACCUCCUCCCCCUAUGUCAGCCCCAGGCCCAGUGGAGUAGGGGACAGCCCUAUUUAACAUCACAGGAUCACAACACUUGUGGGUUGGGCCUUCCCCUGCUGCUGCACCCAAAAGGA